AUGUCUUGCCUACCUCUGAAGCUUCCGCCAGCUAGAACGGUGUGGAAGAGCCUCACCUCCAAAUUACAGAGCAAGCUACACAAGCUCCAGAGGUCUAAAGCCAUCAAGAAACCUCGAAAUCGGCUCAAGAAAACCAUCGGCGGCAGUGUUUGGCCCUCCCUCUUUGCCGGGCAACGUUUCAAACGUAAGAAACGGCUUGCGAUCCAUUCAUACCGCCAACAGUACCUUUUUGAGAAAAAAACUGCAUCUGUGUACGUAGAUAAGCUCUUCAAAGAGCCUGCGCCGGUGGAACAAUGUCCACCAAGAACGAAGAGUAGUAUCAAGCUCCUCGAUCAGCAGGCAGGCGGCAGCUUAGCUGAAAAGCCUUUAUCAGCGGAUGAUAUGUGGGAGUCACUGGCGUUGGCCUCACCUCUAAUGCGUGGAGUAGACGAAAGAGCAGAUGAGUUCAUUGCCAGAUUCAGGGCUGAAAUGGAGGUUCAGGAGACAUUGGCAUGUAACUUGUAG